AUGGACCCGAACGACCCCUCCACCUUCAACCACCAAUACGCCAAUAUCAAUGGCAUCCGCCUGCAUUACAUUGACGCCAACCCGUCAUCCCACAAUGUCUUGCUUUUCAUUCACGGUUGGCCCGAUCUUUGGCUUGGCUGGCGAUAUCAGAUACCCUUCUUCUCCAAGCUUGGCUAUCGAGUGAUUGUACCUAGCCUUCGUGGAUUUGGCGAAACAGAUUCCCCUGAGGACUUGACAACCUAUGGUGACAAAGGCAUCUCAGCUGAUUUGGCAGCUCUUCUCGAUCAUUUAUCCAUUCCCACUGUGGUCGUUGUUGGUCAUGAUUGGGGUGGUAUGGUUGCAUGGCGUUUCACACAAUUCCAUCCCGAGCGUGUUCGUGCUGUGGCAUCAUUCUGUACACCGUACAAUCCUCCCGAGCAGCAAUACAUUCCAUUGGAGAACCUUGUUGAGUUCAUGCCAAACUUCAAAUACCAGCUUUAUUUGGUCUCUCCUGAAGCAGAACAAGAGAUCAAUGAACAUACCGCGGAUUUCUUCAAACUCGUUUUUCGACCUGUAUCGGAGGCACGAGCUCUCAUCUAUAAGAAAACCAACAAGCUUGUGAUAGGUCGCACCAAUGCAUCAAAAAGCGAGGCACUUUCUCAAAAGGUCUUGGAUUACUAUGUCAAGAGCUAUCAGCGAAAUGGAUCACGUGGCUCCCUUAAUUGGUAUAAGCGGCGCAAAAUCAAUUACGAACAAUGCAAAGAUCUCGAUCCCAUUAUCCGCAAACCAGCUCUCAUGGUCACAGCUGCAAAGGACGCUGCGUUGCCCCCUUCAUUGACCAAGAACAUGCACAAGUACAUUCCGGAUCUCACUCAACACAACGUGGAUGAUGCGGGGCAUUGGGUGCUUUGGGAAAAGCCUGACGAGUGCAACACGUAUUUGCUAAAGUGGCUCAACAAGGUUUCACCUGCUAAGCUGUAA